UUUAUAAGUUUUAUGAUUUUUGACUUGUUAAAUUGCAGGUUAUUUUUUUGUACGUUUGUUAAGCGUUUUUUGAAUAAACAGUUUACAACAUGUUGCCGCUAUCACUUCUUAGAACAGCACAAAAUCAUCCUAUGCUAGUGGAGUUGAAAAACGGCGAAACAUAUAAUGGACAUUUAGUUAGCUGCGACAAUUGGAUGAAUAUUAAUUUACGUGAAGUCAUAUGUACAUCACGGGACGGUGAUAAGUUUUGGCGAAUGCCAGAAUGCUAUAUUCGUGGAAGUACAAUAAAGUACCUGCGAAUCCCAGAUGAAGUAAUUGAUAUGGUUAAGGAAGAAACGGUAGUUAAAAAUAGAGGUAGAACAGAUGUAAAAGGUGGCCGAAGUGGUCAAAAUCAACGCAACCGACCGGCUGCUAGAGGUAAUUUUGGAGGACGAGCUGGCAAAGCUGGCGGACAAGGUGGAAGGAAUCCGCCAUUUCCGAAACAAAAACAGAAACAGUAAUUACAUUCUAUGGCGAAUCAUGAAAUUAUAUUUAUAAUUUUAUUAUAUAGUUACUUAAAAAAUUACAUUGUAAAUAAUUUAAUCAAUUACUGUAA